AUGGGAAAGGGAUCUAAGAAUAAGAGAAACGGGAGAAAACCUCAUUCACACUCCAAACCACCGGCGGCGGCCAAGAGCUCUACCGCCAGCGGCGGAGAACCGCCGAAUGCCAGUUCUUCCGACAAUCUCCUUCAAGAACAUAGUAAUGCCGAACAACUCGAGAAUGCCUUGAACAAUGAUGAACUUGAGCGCUCGCUUGCCAUGCUUGCCGUUCUUGACCGAGGAAAACGAAUCGAAGCACUGAAACUCAACAAAGACGCGUGUGAUCGACACGAAAACUCCAGCCUCGACCACACUCAAGCCUCUAUACACGCUAGAGUCGCUGCUCAAAUCGAAGGCAGAGCCGUGUAUCAAGAACCUAUGAAAAAUGCUCAGGAGUCUCCGAAGAAAGCCGCCUCGCUCUCGAGCGACUCGAUUGAAUUCGCGUGUAAACAAGCGAGUUCGUCGAGCAAUGUUCAAGUUUGCGAAGAAGUUGUGAAAGAAUGUGAGCGAGCUUUAUCGAUGUUGAGUUUUCUGCCUGUUCAGAAAAGUUCAGAACAAGGUUUGAAAUCUGUAGAUAAAGAAUUGAAUUCGAUUUUAAAUAAAGCAAAGAUUGGGAAGAAUAAUGUUGGAAUUGGUGAGAAGAAGUCUGGAUGUACAAAGGAUCCAAUCUCAACCCAAAUUAAGAAGGCUGACAAGAAAGACAAUCUUGAAGAAAAGAAGAGGAAUGCUAAUGUGAAGAAGACGAUCAGAUCGGAGACAAGAAAGCUUUUUCGGAAGUUUUGGAACUCUAUUAGUGUUGAGGAACAAAGAGAGAUUCUUACACUAAGAAUCAAUGAUGUUAAGGUGUAUUGUGAUGAGUUUAAGGGUGUUUUGGGGGCCGAGGAUUUGCUGAGCGCUCUUGGUUAUGGUGAGGUAAACCAUACGUGGAACUACUGGGAGUGUUGCGUUUGUGAGCAGAGGCACCUGAAUGGCGACUCACUUAUUCAUCAUCUGAUGCAGAUGCAUUUGAAGGCCCGAUCAGCAAGUUUGACUGCAAUUCUGCCUCGAAAAAUUGAUGAUCCUAUAGUGCAGAUGCUAGAGAAUUGUUCGUGGAAGCCUGUGGAUGCUGUUGAGGCAGUGAGAAUUAUUGAAAAUGAGUCAAAGGACCCAGAUGAUCAGAAUUGGCCGUUAUCGGAUGAUUCUGAGCGCGCAAAGAUCCUUGAAAGAAUCCACAUCAUGUUCCAGGUGCUUCUGCUACAAGAUUGUAUUGCUCUGAGCCAUUUUAGGAUGGUGAUGCUCACGGCCGAGAAAAUGCUAGAGAAUAAUACUGUGCUUUCCCCAUCUCAAAUUCGGACCCAUUGCCUGGACCAAAAACCCGUAUGCAUCUGCUUUUUGGGGGCUUCUCAGCUGGAUAGGAUUCUCGAUCUCUUGCGGGAUCUGCAUUCUGAGGCAUGUUGUUUCAUGGAAGAUGAAAUUGAUGUCAAUCAGGAAGAUGAAAAGGUUGUUUUCUGUGGUGACACAUUGCGUCUCUCUUUAGAUCAGAGAUUAUGCUGUGGGGAGCUUACGCCCUCCCUAUAUCCUAAGGUCGCCACGAAUGGUGCUUCUGCAACAACUUUUGCGGUUAGUGGUCAUGAAGCUGAUGUUCUUUCAGAUGGGGAUGAUUUUGUAAAAUGGUUGUUUGAGGGCUGUACAAUUGAAGAAGAGCUAGCAUCAUGGCAACGCCUAAAAGAUGAUAAAGAUAGGAAAGGGAUGGAAAUUUAUCUUAUCCUCAAGAAGGAAUUUGUUACAUUGAAAAACACAUGUAGGAGAAGAUUUGAGUAUUUAAUCCAAGUCAAAGCAAUACGCGCAAUAAGAGCUAUCUGUGCUGAAGAACGUAAAAGAAGGGAGCAAGGUGCAAGUUAUAUGCCACAAAGUUUUGUGUCUCUCUUGAAAAAGAGACAAAAAGAACUUGUUGAAAGGGGAGGUGAUAGUGGUAGAGCUGAGUUGUAUGUCAUCAGCAAAGUUCUUGAAGAUGAAGUAGCUCCAGCUGCCAGCAUAGAUGAGGCUCGAGCUGCCAACAUAGACGAGGAUGGCGAGCAUCUAGGAGACAAUAGCAUAACAGCAGAGAUUCGUGAGCAAUGGAAGGAGAGUUCAGAAGAGGUUUUUAAAAUUGAUGCCAGGAUCAUGUGGAGUAUAAAUAGUAUACGACGGCUGAAUUUGCAGCUUGCACAAGUAUCAGUUCAUGACUACCAGUUGAUUAUAGUUCCCCUUCUGAAGUCAUUCUUGCAGGUACAAUUGCAGGAUUUGUUUUGCGAAGCUUUGUUAGAAAAGCUUGAAUCUGAUACCAGCAAGAAUUUUUGCGAGGGAUGCAAUCAGAUGAAACAUAUGCAAGGAAAAUUGAAGGAUAAGAAAAGGAAAAAGAAAAUCAAAAUGCUAAGGAUUCCAAGAAGAGAGUUUUAUGCUUUCAUAGCAUUGCAGGCUACUGAUGGUAAACCAAAACACAUGUUAGAAGAGAAGGAUGCAGAACAAGCUCGCUUUACUGUCCCCUAUAGUCGGCAUCUCUCAGAGUCCCAGAUUGCUGUUUCUUCAAGUGCUGCUCAACUGAAACAGCAGGAAGUGGAACUUGGUCGUAAAAUUGAGCUUGAAGCAGAGGAAAGACUGCUCGAGAAGAAUUCGGAGCGUCAAAGACAAAUUGAGGAUGAGGCUAAAAGGAAGCAACUCGCUAAGCAAAACAAAAAAGCUGAUGCAAGAACAACACCAGUGGUAGCGGAGAGAUUGUUGAGUGCAACUCAAAUGCCAACAUAUUUUCCAGGUGUUCCUGUGGACAAAUCUGAGGGAACUAAGGAGUCCUCCCCCGUUUCUGGUAAAAGGCCUGAAUGGAAACUACGUUUCUCUCAUGGAAAAGUCAAACAAGGUGAGCAACCCUUCAGGAACUAG